UCAUCCAGGCUGUUUAGGCCAUCACACUCCGGAUAUACUCAUUAUCGCGUUUAUUUCCAGCUCGAAGAUUACAACGAGAGUUUACCGAGCAGCUCAAACUGUACUCUGCAGUUGCUUUUCGUUUGCAUACUAUUUCAAGCUCAUUGAGGGAAGAAACUUAUCCAGCUCAGUAAAAACUUUCGAUGGAUAAGUCUCCAUAGCAGGUCUUUUAUCAGACGUUUUGCUGAAAGGUUGUGUUUCUUCCCGCAAGCUCAGAGCGCGAGAAGAGUCUUCUCGAAAAUAUAUUGACGUAUGGUCGUUAUAGUUUGGACAGGAAGUGCACACGCUAGUCAUCUAGGGCUGUCAUUUUUACAACGAUUGCCGUCUACAGUGUAACACGUCUAUGUGUACAAAAGUGAAGGAGGACUAUCCCCAUGCUAUUCUAAAGAUCAUGUUGAUAAAGCGACUAGGAGGAUUUUAAUUCAGCUCGUCCGACAACUUUUCAUGUUUGCUGAUGAAACUUCACUGUGCGACUUCUAUAGAAUCAUUUGCUUCAGGAUUUAACUUGGAUAGUCAACAAAAGACUUAAAUUAAAUAAAUAGUAUGAACCACUCCUUACUGUACGGAUCGGGAUUCUAAAGCAACUUGUCGUCAUGUUUUGAAUGAUUUGACUGUCCCGUUGGACUGAUUUUCGACAAACAACAAAGUCUGAAACGUUAAGACUCAAAUAAUGUUAUUUUUUUUGGCCAUAGGACUGGACAUUUAGAGGAAAAGAAAGAUACAGCACAUUUGCAGAUUUAUUUGAUAACGACGUUACCAGAUUUUAUUUUUGAUUGAUCACAAACGACCAGUGUAUUUCCAUUUUCAUUGAUAACAAAUGAUUGUAUUACAAUCAAAGGAGAACAUAAGGGAUAGGAGAAUUGGAGACUAGUCAUUUGCAGUUUGUCACUUCUGGUUUGAUAUGUAGAAAAGGAAGUACGUCGUCCUGAGCUGGCUAGCUAACGUCCUUCUUCAAAGGAAUGCCCACAGUCUUGGAAGAUGUGCCAUGUUCUAUCUGUGUGAUAUAUAUCCUUGUCACUAAUAAGUGAAUAGACCUUAUACUAGUAGUGUGUGACAUACCAGCAGGGAGUUACGAAACCAAGCCACCAACGUCUUGAUCCAUAGUUUUGUUGUAAAUAGGAGAACACGAAUGUAAGGACAAUUUAAAGAAAAUUGAAGAGGGUAUUAACGCAUCAGUUUUCAAUACAUUCUAAUCUGGUGAUCUUUACGAAUUAUUCUUGUCUCGAUGAGGGUAAAAAAGGCACCCCGACCAAACGGGCCAGAAGCCACGCCUAUCAACGCACCAAGCCUCAGUGCUCCUGAACAAGUGGAAACACCGGCGUGGAAAACUCUGUUACGAAUGACAGAAGUCGAAAACAUGGAGAAGGCAGGUUUGUCUCUGAGUAGCGAUGUUUCACAGUCUGUAUCCGGUCAGAGGAUAUCCCCGUCGUCGCACGUCAAGGGCGCUGCAAAGAUGCCGGAGAAAAGUGAUAAUCCUGAACUCCAAGGUUCCGCUAGUGACGUUCCCGCUAUUCCGACCAAACCACAUUUGAAUGCCACUCCAGAAGGGUUUCAAAGACGCGAGAGAUCGGAGAGUCCAAGAGGGCCGCGAAGAGAGCACAUUCCUGGGAAGAGUGAAGGGUCUUUGCCGGUAACCAAUUUGAUAAGGGAUGAAAGCAAAAGGAGAAGUAGAGAGAUGAAAACACUGAAAUCAUAUCCCGAAUCGAGUUCACCGGCUGUUCGGGAAAAAUCUAGCACUCAACCUGAAGGUGAGGAUGAAUCAGACAUAGGUCCCACUAGACUCCGAGGAAAGUCGGCUAAAUCAGCUGGUCCCGGUAAAACGCUGGACGUGCCGAAGGCACUGGGAACGAAGGCAGCAGCGAAAGUAUCCAGUGCACCAGCUGUUCGGAAAAAGACCAGCACCAAGGUUCCAGUUCAACCUAAAGGUGAGGACGAGCCCGACAUGGGUCCCACCAGACUAAGAGGAAAGUACGCUAAAUCAGCUUUCCUUGAUGACAAUUUGGACAAUGUGGAUGUUAGUUGGAGUAAGCCGAUGUCGGAGACAUCGGGUAAGACUGCGGCAACCAAAGUAAAACCAAAGCCUGUAGUAAACAAGAGUAGCACCAAGAAGAAAGCAAAGGUUGACGGUAGCAGGGACUUUAUUAUCCCGACGAAGGAAAGCGAAGCGUCAUUCAAAAAGAAAGACCAUGCACUGUGGAAAGAAAACGUAGCUCAGAUCGGCCUCGAUGUUUAUGGAAACCUGUCAAAGAAAAGUGGAAAGAGUUCUUUUAAAGCUGGGCAAGGAAAAAGGGUGGAGAACGACGAUGAAAAACCUUCAAAAUUGCCAUCAGUUGUACGGCAGCUCUCUACGACAUUGGAUUAUGAUGAUAGUGAUAAUAAUGAGGGAAACGACGACCCACUCACAUCUCUAAAACAAGACUCGGGGAGCAAUCGGGAUGAUAUUUCCUUCGGUGGUCUUUCGGCACCGCCUGAGAUCCUGGCUAGGGGGCCGAGAGCACGCCGAGCGUAUGCCGAAGCAGCUCAAGCUGGCACGAAGAAAGUAUUCCGAACUCGCCUGAUGCUUGUUGGACAAGAACGUGUUGGAAAGACAAGUCUAAAGAAAACUCUUACAGGACAAGGAUUUGAUGAAAACGAGGCAAUAACAGACGGUGUAGAAACAACAAACUCUUGUGAAAUUAGCAUCGAAGUUGCAAAGGCUGGCGGGAAAAUGUGGUCAAUUCACAAGAAAGGACAUGAGAAUGAAGAUACUAAAGAUGAAUAUAGUAAAGCUCUUGCGGAUGAAAUAGCAAAGAGGCUGAUCGUGGCCCCACCACAGAAUCAAGAAAGUUCAGAACCACUCAGCGAUACUACUGAUGGCAGAGGCCUAAAUCCGGAAGAAGCAGAAGAUUUUGUCUUGGACACUGUGGAGGCUCCCAAGGCUAAAGAAGAGGAUGACAAUAUGCCAAAUCAAAUAGCAAGCCUGGUGGAGAAGAUGCUUAAGGAACAAGUUCGCUUAAAGGAGAUAGGAACAGCCAGAACUGAUAAUGGUAGAGAAGGAGUCUCACUUAGUAUAUGGGACUUUGCUGGACACGACAUCUACUACACAACCCAUCAGGUGUUUCUAACAUGGCGAGCCAUUUAUGUGAUUGUCUUUGAUCUUAGUAGAAGUUUGGAUUCUGUUGUUCCCCCUGAAUCCAGAGACGAGUAUUACGAAAUGGCUAAAGGAGGUGCCAAAUCAGAACUGACAUGUCUAGAGUUCAUCAAUUUCUGGUUGUGUUCCAUCUUCGCCCAUGCUGUGGCACCCUCUUCGGUCAGGAGUAAGAAUACGUCUAAAACAGCCCAGAAAUCUCCGCCAAUAUUCAUUGUUGGAACUCAUCGAGAAAGUGUGAAAGGAGAUGCCAAAGAGAAAAAGAAAAAGAUUGACUCUGCCUUUGGGAAGAUCCGGAAAUCUAUCAAGAAGAAGCCGUUUGAAUGCCAUGUAGUCCCCAAGUAUUAUGCCAUUGAAAACAGCUUAGAGGACAAAGAUGAAGAGCUGGUCGAGUUGAGGAGACAUAUUGAGAAAGUAGCGAUGGAAGAGCCUUACAUAGGAGAAGAGAUUCCACUCAGAUGGCUGUUAUUUGAGGAAGCUCUAGCUGCAGAUAAAAUCAAUUACAUGUCAUUAGAUCAGAUGAAGGAACUGACGCAGCCAGUUGGGAUGGAAUCUGAGCGUGAACUACUCACGAUGCUGACCUUCUACCACGACCUGGGUUACGUAGUCUACUAUGGAGGCAUUGAAGACCAGCAGUCUCUCCUACGAGACAUGGUGAUCCUGAAUCCUCAGUGGCUAAUUGAUGUCUUCAAGCAGGUCAUUACCAUUCUGGAUCCCGCAGAGAGGGAUGGGAUUGUGAGCGAUGCCUGGACUACUCUUGAGGAGGAUGGUAUCUUAGAGGAUAGGUUGAUUCAGCAUAUGUGGCAAGGUUUCUUGGAGCAGAAGGAGGCCUUAGUCAAGCUCAUGGCCAAGUUUGAUCUCAUCUGUGAGGCUCCGGUAGAACAACUCCAGCAAGAGCAACAGGAUGGACUAGACGCUGAGGUAUCAAAUGAGACAGAGGUUGUAAAGAAGCGCUACUAUGUGCCUUCCAGGCUAACAUCACAUUGCUCUCUAGAAGAGAUUGGACAGAUCAAAUCUUCUACAGACUUUUAUGUGGACUUCAGGGGCUUCUUACCAGAUGGGCUGUUUCAUCGGUUGAUGACGAGAGCAGUCAGAUGGAUGGGUGAAAGAGAUGGAGAACCAGUCAUUCUCUUCUAUCGUCAGAUCAGUCUAAUGGUUGAUGAAGAGCAUCAUGCCUUACUGGAGAUGUUACCUUGUCAUGAAGCAACUAUCAAGGUCACUGUAUUCCAAGGAGCGGUUGCUGAUUCUGAUGAUGAUGGUGAUAGUCAUCAACCUCCAGCCCAAAGUGCUGUCAAAGAGGUUAUGGAUUUUGUAACGAGCACCCUUGAUAGCCUUAGGCAGCACUGGGCUAAAAGGAUCCAAUACGAUGUCUGCUUUCUGUGCCCGAAGUGCAGUAAGAAGAAACUGUUCCAAGACUGCUUCAAGCGAAAGUCACUCCAGUGUGGACUGCAUAGGAUUCGUACGGCUGCAGUCAAGUCAAAGUUUGGUAUGAGUGAGGAAGGAGUGGAGUCAGGGAACGAGAGUCCAAUGAUUUGUAGAAGAUCAACUUUCAAGGAAAGCAACGUACUGUGCGAUCUUUACUUUAGUAAUCUUGCAGAGCAGAUAGGAUCAGAAUGGCAUCGGCUUGGAAUCAGACUGGGAUUGAACCAAGCAGAUAUUGAGCACAUCACAGAGGACAAACUAACAGCAGUGGAUCGCAUCCUUUCUUUGCUGCAACUAUGGAAGAAACGAUCCUCAUGUACGGAUAAGAGGAAGAUGGUGGAGGAGCUUUGCAAGGCCUUGAGCAGCUGUGAUAGGAGAGAUCUUGCAGGGGAUGUCAAAGAAGCCGCAGGAAUCAGCUAAAUUCCACAUUCAUUGGACAUUGUAAAACAGGACAGCUUGAAAACUCCUUGAACUUGAAACUGGUUUUUCCGAGAAGCCGCAUUGAUAAGAAUUAAAUAUGGCAGGGAUAGGCCUCUUGGGCUUACUUCGAAUCACAGGGUUAUUGCGUCUGGCCGUGUGGUCGCAUUACACGACCUUUAAUAUAACGAAAGCAGAAGAAUAUGCAAUUUUUGUAGAUUUGCUGUAGGGUUUUUACAAAGCGUCUGGUAAACUGGACAAGGCCAUUUGUAGGGUUCUAGGACACCUACCCCCUGGACAUCCACCCCCAGUCAACUACCCUCUAGGACAACUAUCCCCUAGGUUAACCACCCUCUAGGACGAAUACUCCUGGGACAUGCAACUACCCCCUGGACAACAACCCCCAGACAACUACCCCCUAGGACAACUACCCCCUAGGACAUCUACCCCCCCCCCCCUCGGACAAUUCCCCCCGGAAAACAACCCCCAGACAUCUACCCCUUAAGA